UGAGUACCCUGCUAAAAGAAGCAAGAAGGACUUUGAUGGGGUGGAUGUGGGUGUAGCUGGGUCAGUCAGCCUUUUACAGAACGCCACUCUGUCCUCUCAGCCAAUCAACAGCCUGGACUGGAGCCCCGACAAGCAGGGCCUGUGCCUCUGUUCCAGUUUUGAUCAGUCUGUUCGUGUGCUGAUUGUCACAAAACUCAAUGUGGUCUGAGAGACUCAUCAGGAGCUGGUCUCUCUGUUUUCCUUUUUCUGUCUUUAGACAUGAUCCACGUUUAAAGAUGAUGUCAUAAAAGCUUUGUUUUGUUGUGACUGAAGUUUACUUUGAA